AUGUUCGCCGUUCCAGGUUGGGCGGUCUCUCCGGCUUCCCUCGUGCAGGAAUCGCGGUCCUCAAACAACGAAAAGCGGUCUUCUUCGAAAACCUCCACAGGAGCAUCCAGGAAGAGAAAAAUCACACACACCUCUAGCGAUGAGCCCUCCAAGGUCACCGGAAGCGAGCUCGAGAACUUAUGGAAUCAACGCAGCGGCUCCAAGGUCGCCUCGACUGCCAACGGUGCUGACCGAAAGCGAGACCGUGCUGAUGACUCCUUGAAGAUCAAGCAGGAGGAAACCGGCGCAGGGCGGGCACAGGGCGAGGAGGUACCUAGUGCGAUCAAGAAUAAGAAAGGGAAAAAGCAGCACAAAGACACUCCUCAGCGACAGCAACAGCCUGAACAGUCCAGGGUCUCUCAAGAUGACGGGAAACGAAAAUUGCGCAAGGCUGACCACACAAAUGGAAAUGGCAAGACUCUACCUUCGACUGCUUUUUCCAAGACAAUCAAGGAAGCCCUCCCUCCUGCACCGACACCUAGCAAGUUGACGCCGCUGCAAGCCAAAAUGCGCAGCAAACUCACCUCGGCGCGAUUCCGGCACCUGAAUGAGACCCUGUAUACGACAUCGUCCUCUGCCGCGAUGGACCUUUUCUCAAGCUCACCUGACCUCUUCGCCGAAUAUCACGCGGGAUUUUCUCAGCAGGUAAAAGAAUCAUGGCCGCAGAAUCCAGUCGACCAGUACAUAUCUACCAUCAAAAGGCGAGGCCAAGUCCAAACUAACGACACGGAGCCGUCGUCAAGUACGGCAAGUCUUGGGCUGGCACCUCUUCCCCGUCGGAAAACAGGUACCUGCACAAUCGCCGACCUGGGCUGCGGAGAUGCACCUCUAGCACGAGGCUGUCAAUCACAGAUCAAGAACCUGAAGCUCAAAUUCCACAAUUUUGAUCUGCACGCCCCGAACAGCCACGUCACCAAAGCCGACAUUUCGAACGUACCGCUUCGCGAUGGCGAAGUCGACGUGGCCGUCUUCUGCCUGAGCCUGAUGGGCACCAACUGGCUUUCUUUCGUGGAGGAAGCAUGGCGGAUCCUUCGUGGCGACGGCAAGGGCGAAGUGUGGAUCUCGGAGGUGAAGUCUCGCUUCGGACGAGUCACCAAAGGGCCAGGGCAUGUGGUGGAGAACAGCGUGGGCAAGAAGCGAAAGAAGCCCAAGCAGAAAAAGUCGGAUUCUGAGGACCAGCUGGAUGGAGAGGAGGUUUUUGUCGAGCAAUCCGACUCGGCCACCACAGACGAGACAGACAUCUCGGCGUUCGUGAAAGUCUUCUCCCGGCGUGGCUUUGUUUUGCGCGAAGAGUCGGUCGACAAGAGCAACAAGAUGUUUGUCAGCAUGAUGUUUGUCAAGUCUGGCGUGCCGAGUGCAGGGAAAUAUAAAUGGCUGAAAUGGAACGGCCGUGAAUACGUGAAAGUGCAUGAUGGCAAGAUGAGAUUCAUCUCUGGCCAGGGCGGCAAGGGCAACGUGGACGACGACAACGUGUCGCCCGAAGAGGAAGCCAAGGUCUUGAAGCCUUGUGUCUACAAGACCAGAUGA